AGGAAGACAGAAUAAACGAGAACAGACCAGAAGGGUAGAGAAAACAAGGAAAGCAGGAGCAAGAGAAAGAGAAGGAAUAGAUAAUAAGCAAAAGGAAACUACAGGAAGAAGAAGGAAAACAGAACAAAUGGCAGGCGAGAUAAGAACAAAGAUAACACAAGAAAGAGUAGACAAAAGGGAAGUAGGAGAGAAUAAGGUAAAAGGAAGAAAGAGAGAAUACAAGAAAAUGAACGGGAGAAAAAAACAAUGGAAACAGGAAGAGAAGAAUGCUAGAAAUAAGGAUGAGAAGCACGACAAGAGGCAAAAUAACGUAAAAGAAGCAUGGGGAGGAAGAACAGGAAAGAAAGGAACAGAUAUAGAAAAAGAAGUAAAAGAAGGGAAAAAAAAACGGGAUAACAAUAAGAGUAGCAGAGAAAAAAGUAAACAAGAGAGAGAAAGACAGCAAAAGGGGAGAGCUAGAGAAAUAGGGAAGGACAGACAACAAGAGAAAGAAGAAAACGGGACGGAAGCAAGAAACAGAAAAAAGAGCAUAUGGGCAGUAAGAAGCAAAAGAGAAAGCCAUCGAGAGAAACGGGAAAAAAAUAAUACAAGAGGAACAGAAAGGAAACAGGAAAUAGUAAAGAAAGACAAGAAAGAAGGAGCAAAGCAAAGUGAGUACAGGAACGCCGAAACAGCGAAAGACGAGAAAGCAGCAAGAAAGGGUAAGAAAGCAGUAAGCCAAAAAACGACAAGCGAGAGAACCGAUAACGGAAAGGAAGAAAUGAUGGAAAAGAGGAAGACAGAAUAA